AUGACUACCUUAAUUUUUGCCAUUUUAUUUGGUCUCAAUUUUUUGUUAUUCAGUCCUUGUGAAGGUAAGGACUAUAUUAAACUAGACGGAACAGUUAUUUUCCCUGUGGUAUAAUAAUUAAGUAGUCGCCGUUCUUUGAUAUACGCACAAGCCAAGCUUGCAUGCAACUUAAAUUAUUUCAGCACUCAGCUGGCUCAUAUAUAGAGUAUAACUGAAUAUGCACGAUAUUAUUUUGUUGGUGCUAUUUUUCUUCCUUUUAUCCCCCCAGGGGGUGGGGAAAAAAGUCCUUAUAUGUCGCGUUGGGCUGGCAGGAAAUAGAGUAAUGACAUUUCUGAACUAUUGAAGAAAGACUGAACUGUUAUAAAAAAAAUCCAUCAGCAAAAUUGCGAAAUGGUAAAUUGUGUGGACAUUUUUCUUGAAUGCGCCAUUUUAUAGCCACACACAUCGUACAUUUUCCCAUUAUCAGGCAUAGAUAUCCCCCUCCAUGCAUCACAGGUUUGGGGGAGUGUCGAUCAUUUCAGGAACAACCUAUUAGCCUACAUGGAAAGAUAUUGUUCUUGAACAGUUUAAUUUUUAAUAAAAAUGUAUUGAUUGUAAAUUGAACUCCCUUGUGUAGGUCGUCUAAUCUCCCUCCUAAGCUUUGUGACCCAAUUUAUUAUUAAUAUCAUGUUUUUAGAAAUUUGGAAUUUGUGAUUUGCUACAUUUUCCUGAAUUAAAUCAUAGACGUACAUACGGGAUUUAAAUAUCUCCCCUGUUAGGACAUUUCAAUUUUUCGCUUUUACUACUGAAUAUAUCUCACUUUUCACGAACGACCCACUGGCCAGAAUAUAAUGGCAAUGCCUAUGCAGGGAAAGAAUUAAAUUGCUCGUGAAAUUAAUAUUCUUAACUUUUAGAUUAUUUAACAGAAAUGUAUUGAAUAUAAUUUCCUUAUAUAGGUCAAGUCACCGUCAUACCUAAUGACGACACCUUUGUUGCUGCGCCAGGAGAAGAUGUGGAAAUAACGUGGACCAUCAGUGGCAUUCAAAGCUCACAAUUAAGAGGUCGGGAGUGGGCGUUCCUUUCAGGAAAUAUCUUACUUGCUGAAAUAAGUCGUGAUGGGGUUGUGACAACAUAUAAUAUCAGCUUUUUUACUGCAAGGACAGAAGUAAAAGAGCCUUCAACUUUGAUUCUGAAAAACGUUGAUGAACGUUUUAAUGGAACAUACAGACUAGCUGUUCGCACAACAAUAGGAUUACAAUAGAACGUUCCACACGAAGCCAGUGGAUAAUGUGUACACGCCACAAAUUUGCUCAUCAGAUUGGCAAAGCACAGUGUAACCGUCGCUUUUAUCACAAUUAGAGAUGUUGUAUGACUGGAUAUUAAUAAAACUUUGCAUGUGUUCAUUACAUUUCAGUAACGCCAGCACUGACAAUCAAUUGUUCCAGUUACAUCACAUUGCGUCAAAGUGAUUACUUUGCAUGCGAAUGUAAAGGACAAGGUGGCAACCCACUUGCGAACGUUACCUGGUACAAAGGAAGCGUACCGAUUGUCACAGGAAAGGAAAUAGGCAUUUUGCGUCUUCCUAAUGUGGAUAAAGACGACAAUGGGACAUACAGAUGUGAAGCCAAAAGUCACGAGAAGGCAAAGAACGAAACAACAAUUGAAUUAAUUGUGAAUUGUAAGUAUGAGUGGUACUAAGUCGUUUAAGUGGUACUCGAAUCAGGCACAGUUUGAGACCAUGUUAAAUUAGAUAUACUGUACUCUAUUGUGUUUGUGUAUGUAUACAUUUAAUCUGGUGCAUGCGUAUGCAUAUAUGCAAAUUUAGAAACUGGACAAAAAAGGAAAUGCAUGUUUGAACUAAUUUGUAUAUUUUGAAGUGUGCAUGUUGUUCCAUAUUCAAAUGAGUGAGGAAAUUUUUUAUUUCACAUGGUUUUGAUGAAUUUGCUUAUGUAUAAAUUUUCAUGCAUAUUUUCAAUGAGUAUAUAAUAAUAGUAUGGGUUCGCCUGCAAUUUGAAACGUCUCUAAAAACUCACUCAUGCGUAAUUUUUUUUUGUUCAGUCACCCAUACUAAACCAUAUAUUGCCAAAACCAUAUUGUAUUCUAUUUUAUUUUCUAUACAGAUCAACCAGAAGAGCCAUACUUUAAAGAAAACGUGGAUAUUGGUAAAACGUUUGCCAUAACAUGUGAAUCCAAUGGUCAUCCUUCACCAAGUUAUACUAUAAUCCAUAAUGAUACCAAGAUCGUCAGUACUGAGAGGACGUAUACGAUAGAUGUUGUGCAGUACAGUGAUGCUGGGCUAUAUAAAUGUAUUGCAGAGAAUAAACUUGGAAAUAGUUCAACGAUAUAUUAUUUAGCUGUCCUAGGUAAGAUUCAGUUUUUACAACUUAUUUUCACCUCUCCUUUUACUACUUUUUAUCAUACAUUGUGUUCAAAAUUUCGACUGUAAUGAAAGUGAAAGUGUAAUACCAUGUUAUUAUGUUUAGAUCAAUUAAUAAAUCCGACAACUGGUAUUACCACUCAAACGUUCUCCACUACUGAGAAUUCUAGAUCAGGUAAGAUGUAUACUUGUAGCUUGUUCAGAAGUUUAUAUACACUUCUUUGUGAAAGCAAGUUGAAUAUAGCUAUAUAUUGAUGUAAACUAUCUUCCUAAAACAAUAGUUUCUAUAACAACACCCCCUUGACUUGAACAAAGCUGGUGUUAUUUUGUUGCAUGUACAAAUAGUGCAGGGGGGUCGUUGUUUUAUCACUGCAUUUAUCGUCACUAAAAUGGAAGUAUAAUACUGGGAGAGGCUGGGAAAAUCAUGAACAACAUGUUUUGUGAUCCGAGACCACUAUAAUAAACAACUCGGAAAUGAUAGCGGAUUGCAACUAUUUCUUUAUACCUUUUUAAAAGUUUCUAUGGCGUUGUGUUUAUUAGUUUUAAAUAUUUCUGUUCAGCCAAUACAGCUGUCAACAAAGAGGAUGAUGAGACGACUGUUGUGGUAUGGCAUGUCGUGGUAUCUUUGGUGUCUGGGAUCAUUAUUGGAAUUCUUCUUUCCUACAUUGUCUCAUGUUCUCGUCACAAAUUUAGAAGUAGGAAACCUCAAUCAAACCCUGAACCAAAGACAACUGAAGUUGAUGCAACUUAUCAAGAGCUUGAUCUUUCAAAAAUGAACACAGAAGAUAAUUAUCAGUCGUUGAGAGUGAAUGCUGCAAGUUAUGACGCUGGACAUCGAGCUAGAAAUGACGAUGACUCUACUUACACUGAGUUGAGCAAAACCAGAGAUGUGGAAGACAACUAUCAAUCUUUAACUUGA